AUGUGUGGCAUCAAGUGUAUCAAGACACUUCUUUUCGUUUUCAAUUUCAUCUUUUGGGUAUGUGUAUGUUUUGUUAGUAUUAAUACAAUAACAUUUCGUUGUCGAGCUGAAAUUUAGAAUACCACUUCCAGAAUAUUUAACUGAUUUCACAGUUUAGCUGGUUGAUAAGUCCGCAUAGUUUGUCAGGAAGUUUUCAUCUAUAAUUCUUCGGCAGAUCUUUCAAUUUCCUUAUUUCAGUAACUGAAUAUUCACAAGUCGAGAGUUCUUCAUAUUCCGCUCUGUCUGUCGACUUGUAUAUUAAGGAUUUAAUGAACAGUUCGCCGAAUUAAUCGUAGAAUGAAAAGCUGAAAUGCAAGAAACAUGGACGAUUGAUUUUCAGUUGGUCUUUUACCUGACGAAUGCAGGAAGUUUAGAUUGUUGGUCCUAGUUCCCCACAUCUAUAAAAGCCCAGCUCGAUCGUCGCUCGGGACGCGUGAGAUUUACUUCAAGUAACUUUAGCUUACGUGCAUAUUGAAAACAUUUUACUACAACACAUUUUAAUCAACGAUAGGUUUACAACAAGUUUUAUUAAACAACGGUGGUCAUUUUACAAGAGUUUUCAUUUGUGUAAACAAUUUUUUGAAGAGGAAUUUUUAGUUACGAUCUGAAUAAUACUUAUCAUAACAAUCGUGAGACGAAAUCAUAAGGAAGGACGCUUUCGUGACAUCAUAACAUGAUGCCCAAAAAAGAAAAUGUCAACAUUCUAUGCAAACUACUUUUUGUGGCCUCCUGACUUUGCGUUACAUUUCUAACAAACAGUACAAAGCGUUCGAUUUUUUUCUAACCUGAUAAAAGUAACGAAAAGUCUACGAUUUAUAACGAAAUAUUUCUGAUCGAUAUUCUAAUGACGUAAGAAUGAGAUUGCCUACAAUAUAGAAUACAAUACUGAGUGCAGUACUCUCUCGUUCUGUCAACAAGUCAUCGGCAUUUCAAUUGAGAUUUUAACCUCAACAUUCUUUUAUAUUAAAGCGGUAUAAGGUCCUUACCUUGGUAUUGAAUUUUUUUUGCGCGCGUUCUUUGCUGGAAGGUAAAAUUUUUAACUGGGAAGUCGGAUCAUAUUAACUUUAAGUUACUCCUUUUUCCGUGUUGUUGUGUCUUUAUUGAUAUUUUUAAGGGUACAAAAGCAGUAUUUCCGAUGGCGUGCGCCGAUUAAGGGAAAAUAUUGUUCUAGCGGUUUUGUGGCUGCUAGUAAAUAAUGACCUAUAAAUCAAUCAUCAUUUCAUCAGCUGCUAAUUUACUCCACUACGUCAUAUAACAGAUUACAGUCAGUCCCGCUGUUUCUUUAUCCAAACGUCCUGCUUAUGUCCUUAUUGGACAUUACCGACUGAGGCAGGAGCAUCAACCAGAAACGUUUAUGACAACAACGAUGAGGAGAAAGAAAGGGCCGGGCAGGGGAGGGCAGGGAGGGCGGGCAGGGGGAUGAGGAAAAAGAAUCAGUUUCUCUCAAAAAGUCGAGGGCUGGUCUACAUUUUGAGGAUAAUGGCCAAUAGCGACAAAACGUGCGUGAAAUAACGACUCUCUAAAGUUUAUGCGAUUCCGAGUAAAAGAAGAUGUAAAUUAGGUCACGUAACCUUUAACGGCCAUUUUGCGCGAAAAAAAUUUAAAUUAGAAAUGGCACCAUUUUAUAAUAGCAGUCAACUGCAGUCAAUCAAAGAAAUUGCAACCAAACAUGUCCCUAGGUGAAUGACUAAACAUCUGUACUCGGGCUUUGUUGAAUAAGUUAUUGAAAGAGUAAAUAAACGGAAUUUUGUACUAGUACCCAGUCCCCUUAUCAAACGAUUUUCGAAUUUCGACCAUGUCUAAAAGAUUAACUUAAAAGGCCCGGACUCAGAACUGAUGUACCCAAUAGUCUCAUAACUAUGACGAGGACUGCAACUUCCAAAAAGUAAUUAAAAGUGGUGCCAUAUUGCCAAAAAGAUUUUUGUGCUAAAAGUAGCCUUAAUAGGUCACGUGACAAUUAGGGACUCCAAUCAUCAUUCAAAGUUAUUAUACUUUGUGCAAUAUUUAAAGCUUAAGAAGUGAGACCACCCCCCCCCUCCCCUUGUUUUUGAGGAAAUGCUGGUGCAACGAUGAGACGUGCCGCAAAAUCAGUGCAAACAGACAUGACAGGAAAGAUAAACUCAGAAUUCUAAUUUGUAGUCCUUUUUCCAGCUUGCAGGAGCAGCCAUCUUGGGGAUAGGAAUAUGGACCGAAAUAGACCCGGGACAGUUUGACGCGUUCCUAGGCAAUAGUGGGUAUUCUCUUCCCGCCAAAAUUUUAAUGGCAGCCGGCGCGUUUGUGAUGGUCAUCGGUUUUCUGGGAUGUUGGGGAGCAAUCAAAGAGAGCCGACCUCUGCUUGGCAUGGUAAGUAUAUGAUUGUUUCUUUUUCGUGAAGAUUAAACUGAUUCUCAUUUCCAUUCUUUUAAUUUACAUUUGUUCUUUCUGUAAGUUACAAACAGUUCAUCAUCCCAGAACGUCCCUCGGCUUCUGUUAAGUGUCACAGCAUGUUAGACCUUCAGAGUGUCUUUUUUUUCUCUUUUUUCCCACGAAAUUUGCUGUGUUCACGAACGUUCGCAUAAUCCAAUAUGGUAUUGAUCUUCUAGAGGUUUCUUGGUCAACCUCGUCCCCAUUAGAUUACAAAAUGGCGUUGCAUUAUUGGAAAACGAGGAGACCCGGGGGACAAGGUUGGCCUCCUGGUCUCACGUUGAGGUUUUCCAGGAAGAACUGAACAUUUCUUGAUCGACUUAACUAACUAACAGCUUCAAGGAGUAUGCCGCUAAAUACAGGUUCUCUAAAACACGUUUGACUGCAUUUUCUAUUGUUAUUUCUGCAGUUCUUUGCUUGUUUGUUCCUCAUAUUUGCUGCUGAGGCCGUAGCAGGUAUCCUUGGUUUCCUUUACCGUGACAAGGUUAGUAAUGACGACCGUUUUUCACGUAAGUUGAAUUCUAAAAGGGAAAAUUGUGAACUCUUUUGGUGCUAUUGCUGCUUCUCUUUUAAGUUUCCGCUCCCUCGCCUGUGCCAGGUUCUCAGAGUGUAGGUACGCCGCGAAAACGAGGUCAGGGGAAAAUAAUUUAGACGCGCGUGAUCUGGGAAUGGAAGCGGCGGUAGAAAAAAAAAUGCCGUAUUUGCAAUCCCUGCACAUUACUAUCCAGGAGCCUGGAACAGGUUAUUUUUCCCCCAACUCGGGUUGUAAGUAAUUCAGACAAGUUUCAUUUUCCUAUUUUCUCCUUUUAAGAUGUCUAUCCCAUUUCAAGUUUCCAAAGUCCAUUCCCCAUUGGCAAAAAGGUGCGGACAUUUGCAGACCCAGAAACUCAAUUCCAGUCUUCUAGUAGGCCAACUGAAUGGGCAAAUCCCAGUUUAUAUUCGACUCCUUUAGCGCUCAAUAAGUCUGCAGAGGCUGUUUACUACUGUUGAACAACAGAUUCAUAUAUCGCCUGUGCUGACAACCGUUUUUCAUGGGCAGGUUGACGAUGAAAUCACAAACACACUCAGAGAAGAAGUCAAGAUGAACUACGGAACAAAGAUUGAUUCAACCACCAACCAGAACAUAGAUAAUUUACAAAUACGAGUAAGUUCAAUCUGAAACCUAUCAAAGGCUUAAGAUUUUUUUUCUAGGCGCAUGUGCAGUCAACCCAUAUCAGUCAGCCGAACGGUAACAACUCCUUCAUCCUGGUAAAGGCAGUUUUCUUCCCUUGACCGCCGACGAGGAGGGUGCUAUUUCUAGACUUUAUAGUCCCCCUGUGAUCAGGAAUCUUUUAUGAUUUAUACGUCAGAUGAUUUCUUUGACUCCUAGUGACGUCAGUUGAAGAGGUGCAAUGUUUGACUAACCCACGUUCGAUAUAUUGAAAUUCUAACAUGACUCAGAUGCUUUCUGAUCAAUUUUGUAUAUUCGGUUUAGGGCCUAUUUACAAGAAGGUGGGGGACCCCAGGUAGGUGAGGUAACCCGCUUAGGUGGGGUAACCCGCCUGUCUAUACAAUCUUUCAUAGGGUCACCCCACCUAUCAUGUAAACGUGAUCAAGUUAAAAUAAGAGAUUAAAUGGACAGGCGGGUUACCUCGCCUACCUGGGGUCCCCCACCUCCAUGUAAACAGGCCCUUAGUUUUCUUUGUGCUCAAGCCUCUUCUGGGAAUUGCGGACAAUGAAGUCGUGAAAAAUUUUCAAUUUUGACCCUUAAGCCUCGGAGUCAUGUUAGAAUUUUAAUGUAUCGAACGUGGGCAAAAUUACAGUUUCGAAUUGGUCGCGGCCGCUGAAUAGAAGCACUGAUGUUUCAUGUAUCCUGGGUUAGCCUCGAUCAUAUAAGGUAACUAUUCACAAAUUCCAGUCAGAAGAAGACCUGUGUGCAACCAUGUCUUAAGUCUAUUGUUUUAAACUCAAAUACAAGCACCUUCUCGCUGGUAUUUGUGAAUAUUUGGCUAACCCUAUAUAAACGAGUCUUCAGUGCUUCUAUUCAGCCGCCGCACGAAUUCGAAACUGGACUAUUGAAGCAGCAACAGUAAUGAAUUAAAAAAUAAUUAACUUAGUAAUAAGUACUAAUUAGUAAUAAUUAACUUCGUCAGUUUUUAACAGAGUGUAGGUACGCCGCGAAACAGUCCCUAGGUUUUUCACUCAAUAACACUGCAUAUAAACUCCUCAAUUAAUCCUACGAGGACUCAUGCGGUAACUUUUUUAUUACUUAAAGGUAAAAUCGUAUAGGGACCAAUGAAAUAACAGGUUUGGAUAGGUGCAGGUCAAUGGAAAUUGUACCGAGGAAAUCUCUAUCAGUUACCAUUUUAAUUGGAGAGAAGAAAAUGCCCUCUCUCUCAAACAAUUAGCGGACAGUAGAAAUUUUACCCAUAAACAAACAACAGCAACAACAACAGCAUCUUUUAUUUAAACAAGAUAAGUUUACAGCGUAGCUGAUGUGGUUGUGUAUGACACAACUCAAAAUGAAUAAAAAGUGAUAGGAGAAGGUACUAAAAACAUUUACCCGGCUGACUUUGUACGAAUACGUUUACAUAUUACUAUUCACAGGUUUCUAUCUACACUUUUCUAUUUACAAUGAUUCAGUUGUUACAUUUCUAGUGAUACACCGCUGUAUUUAUUCACUUGUUUUCCCCUUGUACGUGGGAAACCAUGCCCUCGCGUAUUUCCUGGUAGAAAAAGGGAUGUUUUCUGUUUUGUUUAUAGUGAGCUUUUCUCGUUGCCGGAGAAAAGGCAUGAGAACAAAUUAAUUAAUCGCAUUUUAGAGACUAUACUUUUCCCUUUCUUUUCUAAAAGUUGGAAUGUUGUGGAGCCUCCAACUUCACGGACUGGUUGGAAAGCAAGUGGAUUAAAAACAACCCCCCUAAAAAAGUGGUUCCAUUAAGUUGCUGCAGGGAAGGUGCAAAUACUACUACAUGCAACGAGGAGAAUAAUCUUAACAUCCAUAGAAAGGUAAAGUUUGUGAGCUCGAAUAAUUUCUUACUCAUCGCCGAGCCGAUCAUUGCUAUAAGUAACUAGAACCGUCAGCCUCUACCUUCCCAGUCAUCACCAUCACGAUCAUCAUCAUCAUCAUCAUCAUCAUCAUCAUCAUCAUCGUUAUCAUCAUCAUCAUCGUCGUCGUCGUCGUCAUCUUCAUUUUAAGGGAGGUUUAAAAGCAACAACCACGACCACCGCAACAGCAACGUCACUGAGCUGAAUGAAUUCAGUGCCGUCUUUCAAACUCUUUUGCGUUCAUUUAACUGAGUCAAUUGGCAAAUGUUGGCAAAUUUUCCUGGAGCUGAAUUCUUAAGGACACUUCCCAAGGUAAAUGAGAAACGGGAAUUCGUCGACGUGUGGUCACGUCCCCUAUAAAACGUCGCAACAGGAAGGUUCACGUUCGGGUCGUGUUGUGAACGUCAAAGAAAUGUACCAAAUAGCGUAAUGCACGUGCAGUGCCAUUGUUUUGCUGAUAGAACGAAUUGUUUAAUGUGUUCGUAACCAUUGUAGUCGCGAUUGUUUAAGCUCUCUAACAUCAUUGCCUUCACCAUUAUCAUCAGCCUUGGCAAAAUCUGUAACACUCCAUCCAUCAACAUCAUCUCCAUGGUGACCAUCAAAAUCACCAUCUCUAUUCUCAUGUGUAACCUUGUGACUAUCGUUAUCUGCAAUGGCAUCUCCAUUUAAACAACAUCAUUAUCAUCACAUAACUAUCAUCACAACCAUCACCACCACCACCACCACAGGUUUUUAACUAUAUGGUAAUCUUCUUCUAGUAAGUAAAAAAGAGCGGAUCGACAUUGUCUUCAUCUUCAUCAAAACAGCCACCGCCGUGCCAUUACUACGUAUCAUCAUCAUCAUCAUCAAAAUCAUCACUAUAGAUUAUUUCAAUAUCGUCUUUAUCUCAAUUUUUGAAGCUAAGGUUAGCUUAGCACGAGUUAUUAUUAUUAUUUUUCUUUACCAGGGUUGUGUAGAAGGACUGAAGGACUUCGUAAACAACCAUCUUCUGAUCCUUGGUGUUAUAGCAGUUUCCAUUUCUGCCAUUCAGGUUCGUAACGAAUGUCGAGGUCACGCAUUUGCCAUCCCUAUAUUUUACAGGUCUCAGCUAACAUUAGACGCUUCACAAAUAAUCUCAAUUUUCUGUACUCAAACCUCUGACAAUCAACACGGAACAAAAUCGAUUAGCAAGAACAUGAAACCGUGAACGAAGGUCUAAAUGACUUGUGCCGUUAGAGGGCCGCUAGGGAAAAUACUUAUGUGCUGUUCACACUAGGUGCCCGAGCACCAAUGCGUGGGCAUCGUCACUAGGUGUGGACCCAACCUUACAUAGAAAUUGGUGGAAGCGGGAUUUUCAAUACGAACUAUGCUUCGAAACUGACUGAAGUUACUAACUUUCGUCUUCUUUCGUUUUCUAUUUUCAGUUACUCGGAAUGAUCUUUGCCUGUUGCCUCUUCUGUUCCAUCGAUGACUAAAUGAAUUGAUGUAAUUGGAAAUUUUAGAAUUGAUGGCGCUCACUUUGGGGUUCGGAUACAGAGGAACAUCAUGCUCCACAUCUGUUAACCUCUAAAUGGACUUCGUUACUUGUAAUUAUAUCGUUACUUCCAGUCUUUAAGGUCCGAUAAAUGAAUGUCAUUUUCUUGCAUUUGUCAUAUACUACAUGGGGUGGCUAAACGAUCAAACAUUUGUCUGUGAUGCAGAAUUUGGAUGGAAAACUCUGAAAUCCAUUUAAAUGCAGUGUGUAGAGGGACGACUAAACGGUAAAACAUGUUCUUCCUGAUCUUGAUGCUAGACGAAAAUGUUCGAUCGUUUAGCCGGUGCUUUUUUUCAGGCACUCCAAAGUGUGUUAGGAGCUCAUCUUCUCAGAGUGAACCUUUGCUAAUAAUGCCUCGGUCAUAGCCUCAAUUUUAGAUCCUCAAGCCUCGUUUAUGAUUUAUCUUUUGCGCCAAAAACCAAUAGAAAUGAGUAAGAUUUUUAGCAAAGGUAGAUGGAUUCAGCUAAGUUGUAAAACCGAGAGAAUGUUUAACCUGUUUAAAAAAGUUAGAGAUUGAGGGCCAAGAGCUGUCAGAGACCAACUGUCAUACUGCCAUAUUGUGCGGACGCUUGUGAACACCAAACGAAAAUCUAAAAAUAGACUUAGUCGUUGACACUUGUUAGGAGCGAAUGGACUUUCCAGAUGUUAUGGGCUCCUUGCUGUGUCCGUGUUGUUACUUUAAUCCUUCAUAUCAACAUGUUUCUUCUCCAUACUCUCUUUCACAUAUUACGUGAAAUAGCAACGAGGAGAAUUUGUCUACGAUCCAGAUAUUUUAUCUUUGGUUAUUUUCUUAGUCUACUCUCCUGACAUAAAAGGUGGUCGGGUAUUAUAAGACCACGUUAGGAGUAGUCGUUAAAGUUUAUUAUCCUGUUCACUGCGCCUAGCGUCCUCUCAGAAGACAACUCAUUGGCUACCCGGCUUAGCUAAUUAUUUGUAAAUGCAGGACAUGUUUUAAUCGAUUCGAGCUUAGUGCCUGUUUACCAAGUAAACGAUUUCUCAGUCGAACAUUAAUUUAAUAUAGUAAUUAAGACUAGCGUUUUAAGAUUUUGCAUUCCAACAGCGUUUAUUAAUAGUUUUAUAGGCUGAAAAAUCCUGUUCCACUUUUUGUUUUGCACCAAUACGGUGCAAAACCCAAAGCAAGUCGUUAUUUCAGUGUGACAUGCAGUUUC